AUGAGCCCGCUGUCCGAGAGCGCUUGCUCCGACAUCCUGGCAGCCGCGAUGGCGAAGGCCGUCUUGCCCCAGUGCGCCAGAAACGCCGCCGCGAUGCCACGGAUGGGGCCGCCGCCAGAGGAGCUGUCGGACGCUGGGGCCCCUGAGAUGGGGCCGCAGCCGCCCGUCCGCGGGCAGGGCGAUCAGGGCCUGCCGUUGCCCCCCGGCGGCAGCCGCGCUGCCGCGGCCGCCCCCGCGGGCGACGGCGAGGAGCCCACGGGCCAGGCAGAGCCGUUCUCGGAGGACGACACGGUCUUCAUAUUCGAUCGUGCUGGGACGACACCGUGCUGCCUUCCACGUGGGUCCAGAGCCAGGGGCUGCGCCUCGACGACAGCUGCGAGGUCACGCCCGAGCAGUGGGAGCAGCUCCAGGAGGUGCUGGUCACCAACGCGGAGCGCGGCUGGAUUGAGCUGA